UUAUUGCCUGAUUUGAUUAAUUUGUGUACAGACGUCUAGAAACCGCGCACGAUGGCUUACGAAGGUAAAAUCUACACGUUCGACAGCCAGGAGAACUUCGACGAGUACCUCAGGCAUAUGGGUGUCACUGAUGAGGAGGUGAUUAAGAAAUACGCGACAUUCAAGUCCACCGCCCAGUUGAAGAAGGAGGGAAACAAGUACAGAUACAUCACUAGGUCCAGUGAGGGCAACAACGACGUCGUGUUCGAGUCUGGAGUAGAGAUCGACGAUGUAGGCCUGGGUGGUAAACCGAUCAGGACCACGUACAUAGUCGACGGUAACACAGUGACACAGGUUGACCCCAAUAGAACUAGCACCGUAAUAAGAGAAUUCAGCGAAGACCUGCUCAAAAUGACCUUGACCUCAUCAUCGUGGGACGGCGUCGCAUACAGAUACUACAAGGCUUAAUGUUAUUGUUAUUUAAUUUAUUGGUUGUUAUGAUAAAUAUAUAAUUUAAUAGUUAUUUUUAAA